AUGGUCUCGUACUACGACGAGCUCGAGAUCGAGGACUUUGCCUGGGACGAAGCCAAAAAAGUCUUCCACUACCCCUGCCCGUGCGGUGACAGGUUCGAGAUCUCGAGGGCGCAGUUGGCGCGGGGAGAAGAGGUGGCGACUUGCCCAAGUUGCAGCUUGCUGGUGCGGGUAGUGUACGAUAUGAUGGACUACGAAGACUACGACGAGGAGGAGGAACAGCAGGCGGAGUCGGUCAUUCCUGUCCUCUGA